ACCCCUAAAAGGACAAGGUCGAAGUUUAAUACACUGUCACCCGAGAGGUGACAUACACGCUGGCGCUGCAUAUGCAGGGCGCUGGGAUGCGUGCAUGUACCCACUCGGAUACCAGCUACAAGGUCAAGGUUUGGCCAUACACAAUGACCUGGAGAGUUUGGCGUUCGGUGAUGGCAGCGGCAGCUCUCGUGCGAGUCAACAAUCGGCCACUGCAGUUGGCCUCACGUCUCUCAGCACGGGCGUGCGGGCUCGACCACCACUUCGCGUGGCUACACCCAGUCAGGUUCGGCACUCG